GACCCCCAAGGUCCCUUCCAAUCCAAAUCAUUCCGUGAUUCUUUCUGUGAUUCUAUGAACAUACUUUGUAAGGAGAGACAUGCAUGUAUCACCAUCCUGGUUGAUGCAAAGAGUGUGCUGGCCUCGAGGUGUCUACACUCCCUCUCUGUCCUUGCUCACAGCAGCAGAGCACCUCCCAGAAACAGAGGUGUCACACAGGUCAAUGAGAGUGGAAUGUCCACCAUCCAGACACCUCCAGAUCCUGCCUGUGGCCGUGGGAUCUUUGCUGCCCUUGAAGGAGAACAGUCCAGAAGAACACAAAUCUCUUCAAUCCACAAGUCCAAACAACAUUUCUUUCUCGAAUUUUGUUUUGUCAUGUGCAUUUGGCUUCUGCUGCUGUGAUUGACUUUGCCCUGAAGACCUACAGCCUUCCAUCUACUUAGCAUCUCUUUGGCGAUUCACUUCUUUUUUCCAUGGGGAAUGAAGACUCAGGAAAAGGCUUUGGUGACACCUCAUUUUUUGUCAGUAGAAUCACAGCAUCAUUUAGGUUGGAAAAGAUGUCCAAGAUCAUUGAGUCACACCUUUAAUCAACCACCACCUUGUCAACCAGACCAUGGCACUGAGUGCCACAUCCAGACAUUAAAGUAGAAACAGUACUGCCCUCUGGUUCAAAAUCCCCUUUUUCCAGUACUGCCUUCAUAAGAGCUGUUUCCAUUUCCCUGCAUUUGCUCAGCUACUUCACAGCUUGCCCUGCUUUGAGCAUGAGAUUGGACUGCUGCAUUUAGCAUCUGAUAGAAAGAAAACUGAGGGAGAAAUCAGGAGAACAUCCACAGGGAGAAGCCAAAUCUGGACUUCAGUACAAUUUCCCUAGAGAGGUGUUACAAGUCCUGUUUUUUUUCUACCAUGAUAUGGAAAACUUACCAAAAGUACUUCAUGUAGGAAUCUCUGAGCUCCCAACUGGAAUAAGGCUGGAAGAUCCAAUAGAAUUUUUUACAAGUUGAAGAAAUGGAGGUUUGUCUUAUGGAACAGACCACAGGGGAGUUGGAACAAUGGGAGUAGAGCUCAUUGAGUGUCUCUCACAACUUUCCAUCCAGAAAGUGCACAGCUCAAGACAACACAUAGGCACUGCCUCCACUGACUUGAAAGGCAGAGAAGAUCCAGUUAUGAAGUAUUAGAGCACAAAUUUUUAUUAAAAAGAGUGAAAUGCAGAAGCAUGAGCUUGUAGACCUCAGGAGUAGGUGGAGAGAUUAAUUACUUCUUAUUCUUGUAUAUGAUUAUAAAAACCAACAUGUUGUUACAGUACUCCCGGACUUCUGGAAGUGGAGGAAAAUUAGUCCGGUUUAGUUGUCAAUGAAUGAGCAGUGGGAAAAGACUGCUCCUCUGCCAGCUGUGUCCCACCUGCACAGGCCAUGACCAGCUCUCUGCAAGCUGAGUGUCCGUCUGCAUUUGCCUUCCAGGGGAGCAAGAGCCCUUCACUUGAAAUCCUCCCACGAUGCUGCGCCUGCUGCUGCUGCUGCAGGUGUUGGCCAGCUGCCUCUGGCUGGGACACAGCGAGGUGGUGAACUCCUUUGCAAGCUAUCCUAAGUUUUCCUACAGGAAUACUGCUCCAGAUAAUGGCCUGGAGCCAGCGAACCCAGCCUGGAUCUGCCAGCGCUACAACAGCUCGUAUCACUUUGCCAGCCUGUACGACAAAACAUUGCGCAUUCCCGUGUACUCUGCUUACAUCUACCAGCCUGGACUAGGCAACAGAUCUAAAUCACAGUUUGUUGAGCCUCAGCUGAUCCAGCCAACUUAUCCCAGGGACAUGAAAACAGAGAAGUUCCUCAGAAAGCAAUACAAGAUCAGUCCACAGCAAACUGGCCAGAGUCAGGCUGUCACCCAAGACUACAAGAAGCUGCAGGGUUUGGACCGUGGCCAUUUGAGCCCCAGUGGCCAUCAAAGUGGCAACAACAGCAAGCUGGCUACCUUCACCCUCACCAACAUAGUGCCCCAGAACAGCUCUCUCAACAGAGGUGCCUGGAAGGACUACGAGUUUAAAACGAUGGCCAAAACCAGCAAGGGCUGUACAACCACCUAUGUCAUCAUGGGGGCUGUGCCUGGGAACCCCCACAUCACUGAUGGGAGGGUUAAUGUACCCAGCCACCUCUGGUUGGCUGCCUGCUGCCUGGCGGGCACCUUCUCCUCUGAUCAAAGGCACAAAGACGUGGGCAGAGCCUCCAGCUGCUUUGCUUUGCUGCCCAUCUCAGGAGAGAGCUCUUAGGGACAAGUCCUCUCCUCCUUAGCUGUCCCUAAGAGUGUGCAGCUGACUUGUCCCUCACCUCCUUAGGAAGGCUGUGGGACCAGGGCAUCUCAAGUUGCCCAGAGACCUUGUCUGGAGAUCUCCAUGUCUGCAGAUACUCAAACUCUGACAAUUUAUGAUCCUGGACAACCUGCUCUAGCCGAUCCUGCUUGACCAGGGGUCUGGAAUAGAAGAUCUUGAGAGGUCCUUCCAAAACCCAACUACUCAGUGCUUAUGUGAUUGUGGGACAUGGUUUUUUUUGCUUGCUUUGAAACUGCACCUUGAGAGCAGCAGCUGAGGUAUCAGAUAGGCAGGAUCAGGCAUCAGAUAUACAGGAUGCUUUGAGCAGCCAAAGUAAAUUGCUAUGAUGCACUCCUUGGAUACCUUGAUUCUCUGCUCUGCUUCUGAAGCUUAUCUGAAGAUUUAUGGAAAAAUGCUUUGGGGAAAUGUAUUCAAUAUAUUCAAUGUAUUCAAUGAAUUCAAUGUCACAAUCAAAAGAUCAACAUAGGACAGGUGAUUCAGUUCCUGAGUAGUUCACAAUAAAGUUUAUUUUCCCCAGUGCUGAAUUGCAGGGUCACGUUAUAUAUAAACCCCAAGCUGAUUCCCACUGCAAUUUCCACCAGCAGCAGCAGUAAUGUCACAGUGCCCAGAGCAUCCUUGCAGGAGGUUGGGUGUCCAGGUGCUGUCAGGGGAUGCCAUAACACCCAUACAAGUGUCAGCAUCAGACUCCACUUACUUCUCCUAUGAAUGGGCAUGAACAAAGAGGCUGGGGUGCCAACAGCUCAUACAAGAUACCCCCAUGGCUCCAGCAAUGAGACUCGCAAUUUUCAUCUCCUCACUCUUGAUCCUUUGGGGGUGGCGGCCUGCGCAACAAAGAGUUCAACGGGUUCUGUGUGUUCAGGCUCAUGUGGGAUUGCCUCACUUUUCCCCUGGGAUGGGUUUUACACUGUGUCAUGCAGCACUGUGGAGCUGGGGGACACUUUGGGGGUCUUUGAUGGUUUAUGGCCCCUUCUGAUUAUGUGACCACUGCUGGGCCCUGCUUUGUUGUGUUGAAACAUAGACUUAGAAGAAACAUAAAGAUUUUAGUUAUAGGCUAGCUGUGUUGAGAUUAGUUGGAAUAGGAAAGAACUUGGGCUCAGUGAGAGUUAAUUAAGAGAGUUAGGAGAGCUGGACCUGAAAUGGGUUUUAGGAUGUUAGUAACUGAUUACCAAAUAACUGAUGAUCUGUCAU